AGAGUGUUUGCCAACUUUGGACAGAUUUUUGUUCUGUUUUCUCAAGAAAAACGAAAGAUUGAAGAGCUACUAUGGAUACACCAGGGAAAUGAAAAGCAAACAAAGAUAGGCAUGCAUAGCAAAUCAGUUGACUUUAUACAGAAUUUUGCUAACUUUGUGGCUCUUGGACUCGUGGCAGAAAAGAUGACGAUGGUAGAGUUGACCGUGGACAAAAUAUCUUUAUUUCUUUUUAAGGGAAACUAAACUCUUCGUAAAUGUGCGAAGUGAAUUAAGAAAAAAAUGCAAUGAUUGUAAGUAAUGAUAAGCUCCCAGCUAAGCUGAUCUUUGGUAAAAAGUAAACUCAAUUGUUAUGACCAGCUGGAAGCCACAAACAAUCGGCCAUGAAGAGGUGAUACGUGGUCUAAUCCACUCAACUAGGCCAAGCAUAAUUGAUUUAUCGUGCAGCACUAAAGGAUCUGAGGUUGGAAUGACAAGCAUAUUUCAAAAAGAGCAGGAGCUCCAUGCCCUCCAAAAGGCUCUCAACCUUCCACAAACAGCUUCYUACUCCACAACCCUACAUCAACUCAAACCAGCUCAAUUAAACUCUACUUUCAUUCCACCGUAUUCUCAACAUGCAAGAGCUGUAGCAGAGACUAAGUUAGACACUGAAUCAGACAUGUCAAGRACAUUAGAUCUAUCUCAUUUAGGUACAUCUAGGAACAAGAAUACAGAUUCGGUUAUGUACGGCAAACCAUAUUCACUAAAUGGACCUAGAAAUUUUGACCAGUUGAGCACUGUCUCUGGUAUGCAUGGCAAUUUUCAGCAGCCUAAUGAGUUUAAGAACUUUGAUCAUAUGAAAACUGAAACUACGGUAAAUGGAGCACAUGGGCUAGUGCAAGGUCAGAGAAAUGCAUGUAUAACAAAACCUUUCGAUGGUGAGAUCUAUAACACAUCCAAUAUACCUAUCAAAAUAAAUCAAGAAUUUGACAAAUCAGAAUGCCGUUGGACUGAAAGUUCUCAUUUUCUACCCAAACAAGAAAUGCAACAUAGUGAGACUUUGAAAUUACAUCAAAAUCAUUUGACCAACGCAUUGCAGUCUGGUAGCAAUGGGUAUAGUUAUGUCAUGAGAACUCCAAGAUAUCAUUUUGAUGAUACAGAGAUCUUGCUUGAAAAGAUUAAAGAAGCUUAUAAGAUAAUAGAGCAUCAAAAGCAUGCCCUUGCAAAAUCAGAAAAUGAAAUCAUAGCUCUCCACAGACACCAGGAAAUGUUGGAGCUUAACCAAGAGGUUAGUUUACAAGAAAUUACAACAUUAAAGCUAGAAAACCAGAAUAUGGACAAAAUGAAAUCAGAAAACACAAAGAARAGAGAGGCAUUACUUGAAAGAAUCAACAAACUUGAUCAAGAUUUUAAGGAACUCAGUGUGUCCCACAAUGCACUAUUGAUUGAGUGUAAGAAGAGAGAAGGGGAUUUUCUUCAGAGUGAUCUGAAAUUGAAUGCUUUGGAAGCCUACAACAACAAUCUUCAGCAGGACAACACUAGGAUGCUGAAAGAGUGUGAAAUGGCAAARCAACAAGUAAGUGAAAUAAUGGCUGAAAAUAGAAGAAUGCAAAUGGAAGUACAGAAGGCAAGAGGUGAAACGGCACUAGCAUUGCAGGAUAAGCAGAGCAUUGCUAUUGAAAACACGUCAUUACAAUCAGCCUCUUCUGAGAUGAAUAAACAACUUGUGACUGUAAAAUCAAGCAAAGAUAAGUUACGACAAGAAUUUGAAAAACUUCACAUGGAGUACAAUGUGAAAUGUAACAGAGUCAGUCUUCUGGAAGAAGAAGUCAAACAACAACAAGAAACACUUGAAGUMCURCAGCAAGAACUUGAACAGUCAUUUCAACGKGAAGCAAGGAAGUCUGCCAUGGAAAAUCAYUUGCUAAAUGUGGUAGGGAUGUGAAGGAAAAUUAAUCCA